UCUGCGGGACGGGGGUGUGACAGGCAAGGAGUGAGACAGAAAGAAAGAGAGAGAGAGAGAGAAAAGAAAGAGCCAGAGGGCAGACAGGACGGUCAAGGUCAGCUCUAACUUACAGUUGGCAGAACAGCUUACAAAAUCAGCCUUGAUCCAUCGGGAGAGCGCAAUUUACAGCCAAACGCAGAAAAGCGCACCGACAUUUCCGCCCAUCACCCACAUUUCAUCAGACAACUGAUCCGCACGCAGUGAAUUAGUACACAGAUCUGUAGAAUCAUGACCCAGGUCGAGACAACGGUGGAGUACAGCAAUGGGUACGAAGAGGACGAGUACAUGAUGCAGGAGGAGGAGUGGGACAGGGACCUGUUGCUGGACCCGGCGUGGGAGAAACAGCAGAGGAAGACGUUCACAGCCUGGUGCAACUCUCACCUGAGGAAAGCAGGUACACAGAUCGAGAACAUCGAGGAAGACUUCAGGAACGGCCUCAAACUCAUGCUUCUGCUGGAGGUCAUUUCAGGUGAAAGGCUUCCAAAACCUGACAGAGGGAAAAUGCGUUUUCACAAAAUUGCCAACGUUAACAAAGCACUGGAUUUCAUCACCAGCAAAGGAGUCAAGCUGGUGUCCAUUGGAGCGGAAGAGAUCGUGGACGGGAACGUUAAAAUGACCCUGGGAAUGAUUUGGACCAUCAUCCUCCGAUUUGCCAUUCAGGACAUUUCUGUUGAAGAAACCUCUGCAAAGGAAGGCCUUCUCCUGUGGUGCCAAAGAAAGACUGCCCCCUACAGGAAUGUCAAUGUGCAGAACUUCCACGUCAGCUGGAAGGAUGGCCUGGCUUUCUGCGCUCUCAUACACAGACAUCGGCCUGACCUCAUCGACUACGCCAAGCUGAACAAGGAUGAUCCACUUGGGAACCUGAACCUUGCUUUAGAUAUUGCAGAGAAGCACCUGGACAUCCCCAAAAUGCUGGAUGCUGAAGACAUUGUGAACACCCCCAAACCCGAUGAGAGAGCGAUCAUGACCUAUGUGUCCUGCUUUUACCACGCCUUCGCCGGGGCGGAGCAGGCGGAGACGGCUGCCAACAGGAUCUGCAAAGUGCUGGGGGUGAACCAGGAGAAUGAGAAGCUGAUGGAGGAGUACGAGAAGCUUGCCAGUGAGUUGCUGGAGUGGAUCCGCCGCACCACCCCCUGGCUGGAGAAUCGCACCCCGGAGAAGACCAUGGCGGAGAUGCAGCAGAAGCUGGAGGACUUCCGCGAUUACCGCCGCCUGCACAAGCCACCCAAGGUGCAGGAGAAGUGCCAGCUGGAGAUCAACUUCAACACCCUGCAGACCAAGCUGCGCAUCAGCAACAGACCCACCUUCAUGCCCUCCGAGGGAAAGAUGGUAUCGGACAUCGCCAGCGCCUGGCAGGGCCUGGAGCAGGCUGAGAAGGGCUACGAGGAGUGGCUGCUGACCGAAAUCCGCAGACUGCAGCGCCUGGACCACCUGGCCGAGAAGUUCCGCCAGAAAGCCACCAACCAUGAGACCUGGGCCGAAGGUAAGGAGGAGAUCCUCACACAGAAGGACUACGAGUCGGCGUCGCUGACGGAGGUUCGGGCGUUGCUGAGGAAGCACGAGGCCUUCGAGAGUGACCUGGCAGCGCAUCAGGACAGAGUGGAGCAGAUCGCCGCCAUCGCACAGGAGCUCAACGAGCUGGACUAUCACGAUGCCGCCGCAGUCAACGAGAGGUGCCAGAAGAUUUGUGACCACUGGGACCAACUGGGAACGCUCACCCAAAAGAGGAGGGAGGCCCUGGAGAGAACAGAGAAACUCCUGGAGACCAUCGACCAGCUGUUCCUGGAGUUCGCCAAGAGGGCGGCGCCCUUCAACAACUGGAUGGACGGGGCCAUGGAGGACCUGCAGGACAUGUUCAUCGUGCACAGCAUCGAGGAGAUCCAGAGUCUGAUCGCAGCUCACGAGCAGUUCAAGGCCACGCUGCCCGAGGCGGACAGUGAGAGGCAGGCCAUCCUGGGCAUCCAGGCAGAGGUGCAGAAAAUCGCCCAAAGCUACAGCAUCAGCCCCGACCUCAACAACCCCUACAGCACCAUCACUGCGGAGGAGAUCACCGCCAAGUGGGACAAGGUGAAGCAGCUGGUGCCUCAGAGGGACGGCUGUCUGCAGGAGGAGCUUGCCCGGCAGCAGUCCCAUGAGCGCCUCAGACGGCAGUUUGCAGCGCAGGCCAACCUCAUCGGGCCCUGGAUACAGACACGGAUGGAGGAAAUCGGAAACACCGCCAUGCAGAUGGCGGAGACGCUGGAGGACCAGAUGACCCAGUUGAAGCAGUAUGAGCACGUCAUCGUCAGCUACAAGCCCAACAUCGACACACUGGAGGGAGACCACCAGCUCAUCCAGGAGUCCCUCAUUUUCGACAACAAGCACACCAACUACACCAUGGAGCACAUUCGUGUCGGGUGGGAGUUGCUUCUGACCACCAUUGCCAGAACCAUCAACGAGAUCGAGACCCAGAUCCUGACCCGGGAUGCCAAGGGGAUCAGUCAGGAGCAGAUGAACGAGUUCCGGUCCUCCUUCAACCACUUUGACCGGGACGAUGCUGGCAGACUGUGCCCUGAUGAAUUUAAGGCCGGUCUCAUCAGUGUGGGCCAUGUGGGGAAUGAGGAGAAGCAGAAGAAGAACGGAGCCAUGGAUGCUGAUGACUUCAGGGCCUGCCUGAUCUCUAUGGGCUACGAUUUGGGGGAGGUGGAGUUCUCCCGCAUCAUGAUGCUGGUGGAUCCGAACGGCACGGGUGUGGUCUCCUUCCAGUCCUUCAUCGACUUCAUGACCCGGGAGACGGCCGACACCGACACAGCCGAGCAGGUCAUCGCCUCCUUCAGGAUCCUGGCGGCCGAUAAGCCCUACAUCCUGGUGGAGGAGCUGCAGAAGGAGCUUCCCCCUGAGCAGGCGGAGUACUGUGUCUCUAGGAUGCCCGCAUACACAGGGCCGGGGGCGGUGCCAGGGGCGCUGGACUACUCCUCUUUCUCCACCGCCCUGUACGGAGAGAGCGACCUCUAACACGGGGCAUGACCUCUGACCCCUGCUCAUCCAGCACCUGACCCCGGGAGAUCUCUCCUGCAGGUCGGAUCUCAUCUACAUUCAGACACCCAGAAACACACCAUGUAUUAGAGAGAUAUUAUGCAAGAGAUUGGCAGUGUAACGUAGAGACUAUAUGCUUACAGUGUGGCACACUCAUCAUUGCUGUUUCAAAUCACACGGAGCGCGUAUCGCUCUCAUUUACAGGAUUAACCAAACUGCUUCUCUUAUCUGACACACCUGUGGAAUCUGACAGUCAGGCCAGUUCAGUGGACCGAUAAUGAUCAGGAGGUUUUGCAUGUGCAGCAAAUCUGCUAUA